CUGACCUAACCUCAGAUACUCAGAUAUGCUUUGAUUAUCAACUUGAGAGUUCAGAAAAUAAAAUUAAUUUUCUUCAUUUGAAAUCCCUAAUUAAACUAUCAAAAUAAAUUUGUUUUAAAUACCGCAUAAUUUUGCAUUUUUUAUGAUAUAAAAAUGAUAUGUUACAAGUUUAUUGUUAAACUUGUCAGGUAAAAUGAUGUAUCGAAAACAACAGCUAAACAAUAUCAUUUUACACCUAGGUGUUUUCAUAAUUGGAUUUAUUGAUGGGUCAAUUCAGGAAUAUAAACACUAUUCAUUAGGAAACCCAAAGCUGUGUUCGCCAUUGAGUCAAAAGAAAGUUAAAUACGAAGCAGUUAUAGUUGAUGAAGGACAGUUCAUUAAUCAGCAUAGGCUUUUAUGGAACGUAGAUAAUAGUUGUAGUUUUGAAGUUGAGUCCAUUUAUUCUAAUGGUGGUGUUAUCGCAGUAAUACAGAACAUAAACUUACGAAAAAAUGAAAGUAAUGGAGAAUGUAUUGAUUACAUUCAGAUUCGCGUUCAAAAUAAAUUUACUCGACGAUUUUGUGGAAACUUUAAUGCAACUUCUGUGAUGAACCAAAAUGAAAAUGGUGAAAUUAGUAGUAUCAAUUCUGCAAUGAAUAAAAAUGGUGAAUUAGAUGUUACUAUAUUUAUUGAUAAAGAACCACUGGCUUAUAAUACUAGAACUGAAUUUAGUGUGGUAUUUACAUCUUUUAAAGAAUGUUCAUAUUUGAAUUAUAAACAUUACAAAUUGGAACAGUGUAAUGAACGAGAAGAAGUAUGUAUUAAAACUCAUUUUUUCAUGGAUGGAUUAAUUAAUUGCCCUUAUUAUGGAUGCACCGAUGAAGGAAAAUGCUUGCUGUCUUCCAAUAUUGAGUCCAAAGGGUCAGUGGGAGAUAGAGUACUUAUAGGUUCCCUUUCUACAUUAGCACUCUUAUUUGCUCUUUUCUGUUUACUUAUAUGGGCCUUUAAAAAACAUAAAUUAUUCUGUUGGAGAGAGGAUUUUGCUCAUCCAACUCCCAUAUCUGAUAAUAAUCGUAGUUCAUGUGUAAUGGAAAUGCAUGAACCUACUGGGAUAAGGCUGGCAGAACCAGCACUUCCACCUACACAACCUUCUGCACCUGUUGACCAAGGAAAAGAUUUACCUCCAUCAUAUGAUAGUUUAUUUCCUAACUCAACUAAUGAAUAAUUGAUCUUAUUAUUUAGAUUACCUUUUAGAGUUUAGUCUAUAUUUAAUUGAUAUAAAAGUUUAUAUUUUUUCUUGCCAUGUUUGUAGUUUUAUAAAAGUAAGUAGAAACUAGCUAAGAUUUUAGAUAUAGUAUUUUUAAAGUUAAUUGGUCUUUUUUAGGGUUUUUAAUUUCGGUACUGCCAUUGUCAGCAUUAUCUGGACCUUUGAAUAAAAAUAUUAAGGAAGGAGUAUAAUGCUAUUCAUGUAUUCAUGCAUGGUCUAAAGAUGCAUGGUAGAUGGAAUCAACAUCAUAGGUCCCCAUCCUCGACUUAUUCUUUUUGAGGUUUCAAUUGAAACAUUUGAAUUUGAUUUGAAAUUUCGUGUAUUUGUCUUUACUGAGCUUAUUUUAUGUUAUUUAUUAUUUAUUCUGCAAUGGAUUUUGAUUAGAGGUAGUAAAUUUAAAAGGAAAUUGUAUCAGAACUCGCAGUGACAAUAUGUAAUAUAAUUUGCCGAAAAGACUAAAGUAGUUGCAUAGCGUACGGUAUAUCUCGAUCAAAUGUCAAGAUAAAUAAUGGAGUAACUUUUCACUUGGAAAUGACUAUAUAAUAUACGUACCAUAUGAUCAAAAAAAGUGUCAGCGAUGACUUUUCAUAUUGACAUGACAAUUAAUGACAUUUUCUAUAUAAUUUUACAUAUUAAAUGACAGCGAUCUUCAUUUUAUAGCCAUCGCUGCCGCCGUUUGUUUUUCGAUCAUGUUGUAUAUAUAUACGAGCCCUAACAAUUAAA